AUGGCAUUAACACCACAGGCAAGAUCGAUCGCUUCCGACGACAGCUUUCCCACUGCGCAACUUUUCCUCUUGGCAAUAUGUCGCGUGGCCGAGCCUAUCGCUCUGACCUCCAUCUUUCCCUAUUCAUGGGUGAUGGUUAAGGACUUUAAGAUGGCUAGCGGCAGCGAUGCCUCCUUCUACGCCGGAAUCCUUAUCUCGGCAUUCUCCCUCGCCGAAGCCUUAACCGGAAUGUUCUGGGGCAGCCUGUCAGACAGGAUUGGUCGCAAACCGGUUCUGCUCUCGGGCUGCUUUGGUACUAUGCUCUCUCUGCUUUUGGUGGGGUUUGCUCCCAAUUUCUGGGUUGCCCUCGCGGGCCGGGCUUUGGGAGGAGCCUUGAAUGGAAACAUCGGAGUCAUUCAAACCAUGGUCGGUGAGCUGGUGAAACGUCCCGAACACGAACCCCGGGCAUACGCCAUCAUGCCUUUUGUCUGGUCUAUCGGAACCAUUAUCGGGCCAGCUAUUGGAGGUCUCCUUGCAAGACCUUCGGAAGGUUUUCCCUCUCUUUUCCCUCAGAGUGGUCUCUUUGGGCGUUUCCCCUACCUGUUGCCCAAUAUUGUCUGUUCUGUUAUGCUUCUCCUGAGCAUCAUUGGCAGCUGGCUGUUUCUGCAGGAAACCCAUCCCGAAAUGCAACCCGGCAACACCCAUCGGUUCUUUGAGCAUACCUCGGCCGAGCAGCCUCUCCUUGCGACAUCGGGAGCGACCGCUAAUGCAGGUGUCGACCUCCGCGCCGAUUCGUACGGGACGUUCAACCAGGUCCACCUCCACGAAGACGAGGACUGGGAGGUACAGGCCGACGGCACCUCUCCAGCUUGGAAAGAGCCAUUGAAACCUAAGGCUUUCACAUGGCGGGUCACCAUGCUCGUUAUCGCGCUGUCUAUUUUCACAUACCAUUCGAUGACCUACGACCACCUCUUGCCCAUCUUCUUGCAAGAUAAGAACUCUCGCGACAUCUCCGUUGGUCACCGUUCCCCUCUGGAUAUCCCCGGAGGUGUUGGUCUCUCAACCCGAACGGUGGGCGUCAUUAUGUCCACCGAUGGGAUUAUUGCCCUCUUCAUUCAAAGUAUUAUCUUCCCAGCGCUGGCCCAAUGGCUCGGGAUAUGGCGACUUUUCGUUGUUGUCACGAUCCUCCAUCCCAUCGCAUACGCCAUGGUCCCAUUCCUGGUCUUCCUCCCGCAGCAACUCACCUUUUUCGGCAUCUAUGCCUGCCUUAUCGUCCGCAAUAUCCUCUCCAUUAUCGACUACCCGGUACUUUUGAUCCUUAUCAAGCAAGCCAGCCCCUCGGACUCGGUCAUGGGGAAGAUCAACGGCCUCGCUGCUUCUGCAGGUGCCGCAGCCCGCACGGUCGCACCCCCGAUUGCAGGAUAUCUCUACAGUUCUGGCGCGGAUAUUGGCUGCACUGCCGUGGCCUGGUGGGGAAGCAGUCUUAUUGCCCUUCUUGGAGCGGUCCAGCUUUGGUUCAUCCAGCGCAAGAAGCACUCGUCGGCAACAGUGCAGCCUGUUGUACCGUUCCACUAUGUGCCUGUCCCGGAUCAGCCGCCAAACGAAACCAUCCACAUCAUUGUCACUGAUACUGAUGAGGGGUAUUGA